GGGUCCUUCGUCAUCACGGCGCAGUUCAUGUGUUUUAGAAUGCAAUGACAGUUUAGAAUAGUUAUGAAUGAUUACUGAGUAUUUAUGUUAUGCUACGCUACGGGUUGUAGCUAUGGUCUUAGUUUCCAAUAAAUAAAUCGUUGACAUUCAGUCUUAAGGUCCUUUAUUAAUCAUGUUGGCCGCAGUUUCGUCGAGGUUUGUCCUUCAAGGCUGCUGGAAUCUUUCAAAUCUACAAUCGUCUUUGAAUCGGAUACAGAAUCUGUCACAAACAGCAUGCAAGAAUACAGUUAUUGUGGAGCGCUGGUGGAAGGUUCCUUUGUCAAAGGAGGGAAAGCCACCCAGACUCCAUCCACGACGACAUAAGGUGUACCGCUUGGUUGAAGAUACAAAACACAAUAAUACCCAAGAAAAAAUGGAGCUCAUCCUCACUCAGACAGUGCCCAAGCUUGGUGGACGAGGAGACACAGUUUCUGUGAGGAAAUCAGUGGGCCGCAACAGUUUACUACCCCAAGGCCUGGCUGUAUACCCCUCACAAGAAAACAAAGAUAUGUUUGCAGAGGAAAGAAGGCUACUGCGUGAAGGAAGACCGGAGGAUAGAGUGCAGACACGCACAGGACAGCUAACCGUUGAAUUCCUGAAGAAGACACAGCUUGAAGUUGCCAUGCACACUUCCAUUCAGUACUCACUCACAAAAGAAAUUGUUUGCAGACAGUUUGUUAGACGGCUUGGUGUGGUUGUGCCUACACAUGCCUUAACUCUUCCAGAAGAACCAAUCACAGGACCAGGAGAGUUCUGGUGUAAUGUCACAGUAAAUGGAGUGGACACAGUCAGAGUUUCCAUGUCUGUGGUGCCAUUUGUGGGUCCAAGCCAACAUUGGCUUAUGAAGAAACAGGAAGACACACAGCAAUCUGAUUCAGAAUAGCAUUUCCUUGUUAAAGAGGAUGUGUUUAAAGAAACAAUUUUGGGAAUAUAUCCAAGGAAUUUGUACAACAAAAAAAAAAAAAACAUUUUUCCUGUCAAUUCCUUCUAUGAAGUCUGCUUUUCUUUUAGCUUAUUGCUCUUGGCUUCUGAAAAUUCAAAGACAAAACUCUAAACUUAGGAAAGUGUACUAAUGUGUAGUUAGUCAAAUUAUGAAAAUGUGAAUUUAAAAGGUUUUAAUAAACUGUUUUGCAUCUCAUAGCAAAAAUAAUGCGCAUCA